GGGGGGGGCUGGUGGCUGCCGCGGCGGGAGCGGGAGCGCCGGUCCCGGUCGUUUCGUGCCUGCCCCGGGGCCGCUCCCGCCGCGGGCUGUGCGCGGGCCCGUUUCCGCGAGGGCGGGCCGGUACCGGGCGGCGCACGUUCCCCCCGCCCAUCACGGUCUGCCCCGCCCUUGCCGCGAUUGGCGGGGAGCGGGCGGCGCGCCGGAAGUGCGUGAACGGCGCCAACCGGGAAGGGAGCGGGGCGGGAGGCCCGGGGCCGCGGGAUGAGCAAAGGGCGGGAGGCCGCGGCCGGCGGAGGCGCCACCGCUGUCCUGCUGCGGUACCUGCGGGAGCAGAACCGCCCGUACAGCGCCCAGGAUGCCUUCGGGAACCUGCAGCGGGAACACGGGCUGGGCAAGGCGGCCGUGGUGAAGGCGCUGGAGCAGCUGGCGCAGCAGGGCAGCGUGCGUGAGAAGGUCUACGGGAAGCAGAAGAUCUACUUCGCUGACCAGGAGCAGCUCCCGGCCGCCAGCGAUGCGGAGCUCCGCGGGCUGGACGGGGAGAUCGCCGCCCGCUCCGGCCAGCUGCAAGCGCUGCAGCAGAGCUGCCGGCACAUGGAAACGGAGCUGAAGGACUUGAACAGCUCCAUGACAACCCCUGAGAUUGCCAGGGAGAUCGAGGCCCUGAGGAAGGACUGUGCCAGUUACGCGGAGAAACUGGAGAGGAUUAAAUCUGCUACCAACCAUGUGACUCCAGAGGAAAAAGAGAAGGUGUGCCGGGAGCAGCAGCUGUACCGCCGGGAGUGGCGCCGGAGGAAGCGGAUGGCCACCGAGCUGCUGGAUGCCAUCCUGGAGGGCUACCCCAAGAGCAAGAAGCAAUUCUUUGAGGAGGUUGGGAUAGAGACAGAUGAGGACCACGGCGUCGUGCUGCCAGCGACCACGUGAGGUGCUGGGGGAGCCUUUGUUCUGGGGAGCUGCUGCAGAGCUGCCUCUGAAACUCGGCUGUUGGGUUGUUCUUUUUCUGGUUUUGCAGGACUGGGAUUUGUCCUGUGUAUUUGAGUUUGUUUUAAAAUGUUUUGCAGUUGGAAGGGUGGUGGGUAGGAGUAAUUUGGCACUGGCCCUCUCCUUGCAGUGGAAUGUUGUUUUUUCCUGCCCCUAGUGCACCGAGCUGCCUGGCUGGGGUCUGAUGAGGCUGAGGGGACACGUGGGGGCACUGGUGCUGUGUCCCUGGUGUUCUGGUAAGGAAAGGCAGCGAGGGAUUCUCUGGGCUGCAGAGCUCUGUCUGUGUUCUAGCUGCUUCCUGCUGCAUGCCUGAGUGGUCACAUGAGAAUAUGAUCCAUUAAACACCAGGAUUUUGGUUCAGCUGCA